AACCUUCUCUUAUCUCGUGGCCACACCAUUGUCGACCAUGGACAAUAUUUACAAUUUGACUUGAAAACAGACAGCGAUUCCUUCCACUCAACCACCCCGUCCAGAGCAGUCUCUACAGUAUUAAAAAGAGUGGUGCUCCCGGAGCUAUUGAACUCAAGGGAGGUUGAAAGGUUUUGCACCAAGCAAACGCUCUCACAAGCAGAAAUCGACUAUCGGCUUCAGACGGUGACCAAAGCUGCAUGAGAGGAACAGGCUGUAUUACCCUCCACGUAAGGCCUGACCCGCCUCUACUAUCUCGAAGUCUGGAUUACUAGGACUACCUCGAUUCACAGCAGCCGACGUAGGUGUUGGCGAAGAUUGGAGUCAUUUAAACAAGCGAAGGCAGCGCGCGAGGAAGGAAACCCCAUUGCUGCGCUAGCAAAAGCGCGCCGAAAGGGCCAAGGCUGUCUGAGGCGAAUGAUCGACCUUAACUCUCGCGUAGCCGACUCGUUGUAUCCGGGACAGUCACCAAACGUAUCAUCUGAUGGAGACCCAGGCUCGAGAUUUUCUACGCUCUGCGUCUCGUCUGUAAAGUUAACCAGCCCGAGACUAUACCGAUUUCAUGGACGGACGAGCAAGAAUAUCUGCUGUCUCGGAGCACGCCUUGCUGGCGAGAAUUGAACAAGCCUGUCU